CGCUCCCCCAGAAUGCAUCAACCAUCCGCAAUCCCGGGAUUUCGCAGCAAGAUUCAACGCGAUGGACCCGAUCUCGCGCUCAAGAGCGGAAGACAACUCUUCUGGAGUCUAGGACGAGUGGAUGCGUACAAGAUACGACACUGAUAUCGCUGAUGGAGGGCCCUUAUAGGUAGAGGGCGUUGAAGAUAGCCCAUUUCGACUCAGGGAGCACAGAUGGGGCUUCCCAAUGAUGUUCCCUUCCUCUGUCGUUCUGACAUCUUCAGAAUCAGAUAUACGCGUCAUCAACACCGAGGAGGCUCAUGCUAUGUUUUCCGACGGUGCGAGUCCAACACCGGCCACAUCGUCUGCCCCGCAACUCUCUUCAGGCCUUACGCAAACCACCACGCAAGACCUUACCCGAUGUGCUCGAUCUCAUGCACCAAAGCUGACGACGUCGCUUCUGAAGCUUGGGAAGGCUGGACGCGUGCCGGAUGAGGCGGAGUUAUCGCUGAUGAAGAAUCGUUUUGGGCAGAGGGCGUCGCAAGCAACCCGUUUCAACUGGGGGAACACAGAUUGGGUUCCUCGACAUAUUGGUGCUCUAUACUCUCUCCUCACGCCUCCUCCCUCACCGAUGGUUGUCUCGCCAUCAAUGUCGAUAUCUUCUUCUAACUGUUCAUCAGUGCAGGCGCGAGAUUCCACUUCAGCCGGUGACAUAGGGCCUUAUUCUACUGCGUUGUUAACAUCCUCUAUGCGACCUCAUCCAAUGCUCAGGCCUCCGGCCCUUUUCCCUCACGUGCAGCAUCCCGACACUCAGAUCUCUGCUGUUCUGUGCAUCAAAACCUCGCAAGGUCCUUCUGAGCGAAGAGAGGAUCUCCCUUUACCGGAUGAAGGGGUAUCGCUCCCUACUCUCGAUGCUACAACUUUCGCCCAGUUUUCCCGUGAAGUUUUCCUUACGCAGACCUUGUCGUCAAACUCUCCCCGAGUGACGAUCUGGAUUUGUCUGACGGGGAGGAGUUUGUCAUCAACGAUGAACCCUUUGACCACGGAUAUGCGGAAUGGAUCGAGAGAGCCAGCAAGACAACGACUCGCCGCUGGAGGAAUCAGGUGAUGACGCCGAGGGUUAUUCGGCCGGUUACGAUGCAUACGACAACUGCUACGAGGGCUUGGUGAACGAUACUUACCAGUCUGAGGAGGACGCUGCUAAUGAGGGUUAUGAUAGCCCAACAUCGAGUCUCUACACGGAUGAGU